AUGGCUCAGCACGACAGUGAUAAUAACAACACUCUUGCUGUCCCUACCGAAAAUACAAAAUAUGUUACGGUUUUUAAUGACCCAGUCAACUUUAACGUCAAGCAUCCACUAAACAACUCGUGGACUCUAUGGUUUGACAAUCCUGGAAAGAAAACCAAUCCCAAUACUUGGGAACAGUCGCUCAAGGAGCUCAUCACUGUCGAGACAGUUGAAGAUUUUUGGGGGGUGUAUAACAAUGUUAUGAAGGCAUGUGAUUUGGCGAUCAACUCCAACUAUCAUCUGUUCAAACAGGGAAUCAAGCCCAUGUGGGAGGAUCCUGCCAAUAAGCGGGGUGGAAAAUGGAGCAUUCAGCUUCCUCGAAACAAGACUAUAAGCGAGAUUGAUAAUAUUUGGCUGUAUACUAUGCUUGCAUGUAUUGGCGAGGCAUUUGAGCAUGAGAACGAGGUGUGUGGCGCUGUUGUAUCUGUUCGAAAGGCAUUUUUUAGGAUAGCAUUGUGGACACGAUCUUCCGACAACCAGGAGAUCGUCAUGAACAUUGGUCGUACUCUCAAGCGAUCUGCUAAUAUUCAUGGAACACUCGAGUUCCAGAGCCAUCAUGAUUCUACUCCUAAGGCCGAACCAUGGACUGUCUAA